AGGAUUGACCCUCACGGCCUCGUUCGGAGGGACUGAGUCUCUCCUUCUCUGUGUUCUUGUUCUUCCUCUCUGCUUCUUCUUCUUCCUCUACAAUGAGGAUAGGAGUCUUCUUGGUCGGCUCGUUGGUGUUCUUUCUAUUGGGCUCAGUCGGCCAUUGCAGGCAAGAAGAUGUGCCUGCUGUAGUAAUCGGGCGCAGUGAAUGCUCAGACUGUUUAGAGAACAAGAUAGAGCUGUCUCGUGCAUUCACUGGUUUACAUGUUGCUGUUGACUGUAAGAAUGAGAAGGGAAAGUUGGAAGAAAAAGCCAGAGGUCAGUUCGAUAAAGAAGGAAAGUUCAACAUCAAACUCUCCAAUGAGCUCUUGAAUGACAAAGGGCAGUUGAAGCAAGAAUGCUAUGCUCGGAUUCAUGGCGCAAUUACCAACAUCCCAUGCCCUUCAGAGGGCAGUUUACAUGCCUCCAAGCUAAUCUACAAGGGCUUAGAAAAUGGCAAACACGUAUAUGUGACCAAUGGGAAACUUGUAUUUUCUCCACUCGUUUGUGUGUCUGCUAGUUUUUUGCCGCUCUGCCAACAUCCUUGGUUUAGGCUUCACCCAUGGUGUCAAACCCAGCCUUGGCUCAAUAUUCCCCAGUUUCCUCAAUUCCCACCUUACAUGCCACCUCCAAUGACUAUGCCUCCCCCCAUUCCGAGCUAUAUGCCACCUCCUACUACUUAUCCAGACACUCCUCCCACUAUGUCUCCUCCUACCACGUAUGUUCCACCUAGCCCAGACAUUCCACAGACUCCUCCCACUAGUCCUCCUCCUACCACAUAUGUUCCACCCAGCCCAGACAUUCCACAAACUCCUCCCACUAGUCCUCCUCCUACCACAUAUGUUCCACCCAGCCCAGACAUUCCACAGACUCCUCCCACUAGUCCUCCUCCUACCACAUAUGUUCCACCCAGCCCAGACGUUCCACAGACUCCUCCCACUAGUCCUCCUCCUACCACAUAUGUUCCACCCAGCCCAGACAUUCCACAGACUCCUCCCACUAGUCAUCCUCCUACCACCUAUGUUCCACCAAGCCCUUACACUCCAAAGACUCAUUCCACUACCCCUCCUCCAACGACAUACGUUCCACCAGACCCUUAUACUCCAAAGACUCCUCCCAGUAGCCCUCCUCCUACUACAUACGUUCCACCAAGUCCUUAUACUCCAAAUACUCCUCCUACUUCCCCUCCUCCUACCACAUACGUUCCACCAGACCCUUAUACUCCAAAGACUCCUCCCAGUAGCCCUCCUCCUACUACAUAUAUUCCACCUAGCCCUCCUGUUCCAGAGAGUCCUCCCAUUAUCCCUCCUCCUACUACAUAUGUUCCACCUAGCCCUCCUGUUCCACAGACUCCCCCUUCUACGUCUCCUCCUAUUACAUAUGUUCCACCUAGCCAUCCUAUUCCACAGCCUUCUACUCCUCCUCCUAUUACAUAUGUUCCACCUAGCCCUCCUAUUCCGCAAACUCCCCCUUUUACUCCUCCUCCUACCACAUAUGUUCCACCCAGCCCUCCUCUUUAUGAUCCUUAUCCAAAAUCUCCUCCCACUACCCCUCCUCCUACUACAUAUGUUCCACUUAGCCCGCCUAUGUACGAGCCUUAUCCACAAACUCCUCCCACCACCCCUCCUCCAACUACAUAUGUGCCACCUAGCCACCCUCCUCCAUGCCCUCCUAAAAAGCAUAAGCAUCCCAAAUAUGAACUUCCUUCACCACCUACUCCCGUAAUUGAACCCCCAACAUACACACCUCCCACACCUAAGCUUCCUCCUCCAAUGACUUCUCAUGUGCCUCCCAUUGUUGGCCAAACUCCACCUUCUGUUCCUCCCACCUAUGGCUCCAGUCCUCCUCCUCCUCCUACACCAACAUAUCAACCUCCAACCCCAGUAAUUGAACCCCCAACAUACACACCUCCCACACCUAAGCUUCCUCCUCCUAUGACUCCUCAUGUGCCUCCCAUUGUUGGGCAGCCUCCACCUUCUGUUCCUCCUACCUAUGGCUCCAGUUCUCCUCCUCCUCCUACACCAACAUAUCAACCUCCAACCCCAGUAAUUGAACCCCCAACAUACACACCUCCCACACCUAAGCUUCCUCCUCCUAUGACUCCUUAUGUGCCUCCCAUUGUUGGGCAACCUCCACCUUUUGUUCCUCCUACUUAUGGCUCCAGUCCUCCUCCUACACCAACAUAUCAGCCUCCAACCCCAGUAUAUGAGCCUCCACCGACUACUCCAACCCCACACCAUCACAAGAAGAAACUUGGCUAUCCCCCGUAUCAAGGUUCUGCGCCUCCACCACCAUACUUACAGUAAGUCGACCAACCAUUAGGUAUGAGAUGAGAUCCUCAUGUAUGUUUUGGCACUUUGCCGUGUUUUUGCUCCUUCGUUUUGUUUUGUUUUUUCUUUUCUUGGUUAGUCAUCUUCCGUAUCGAUUGCUUUCACUGUUUGCAUCUCGGCCUAGUUUGGUUUUGCCAUUUAGCGUGCAUGAAAAUGCACCAAACAAGAAUCGUGGUUGUAUGUGGUUGCUUUGAUUUGCUUCAAUGUGUUCAUCGAACUGAAAUAAGAGUAGGCACAUUAAGGUUGAACUA